CCAGGGAAGUUCUUGAAUUUUUUUUAACUUGUAAAAAAAAAAAUACAGAGUUUUCAUUGAACCUGGGAAAGAGCAGGCUUCCGUGAAAGCAGGGGGAUGAGGGAGCAGUGGUCUGGAAGGGGACCCUGGGCUGUGUGGUUAGUCUGUGGAAUCAUGAGGUGUUGGCUCCGAGGAGGAGCAGCCAGUAAACAAUGGUCCCACCCUGCCAUUGUUUAACCGGGGAGGAAGUGGGAGCCACAAGACUCACUCAGCUUGACAGCAGCAAAACCGAGCCAGAACUAACCCCUCCUGAUCUCCCAGCUCAGUGCUCUGUUUUCCAUGCUGCUUCCUGAGCCCUGGAGGCUUCAGAAUUUCCUGCUGUCCUGCCCAGGCCCAUUGCAAGGGUGCCCGUGCAAUUGCUGGUGAGCCGGCUGUUUGCCAGACCCUGCUUCCCACACCUCAGUCCCUCCCAGUGCAGGGGGUGUGGGUGUGUGUCGAGGCAGCUUGCCUGUCCCCUGCCUAUUUCCUGUUCUCUUCAGAGUAGUGACUUGGAGGCGGAAACUACAAUGAUGGUCUCUAUUUACAUCCGUUUAAAUGACCCAGCGUCCCUCCUGUUUUGCCAGCUCUCCCAUCACCGCCUACUCCGGUCCUUCCUCCUCAGAGCUUGUUUAAGCAGCAGCCGUGACUCUGUGUCUCUUUAAUCAGCCCAGACCCAUAAAAACGGCAUACGUCAGAGAAGAAUUCAUUGAUGGUCCUUGUCGUCACUCCUGGAUGUGACCAGUUUCCUUCUUUGGGGUCUGUAGAGAACUACACACUGACCAUAAAUGAUGAGCAGUGUCUCCUCCUCUCCGAGACUGUCUGGGGCGCCCUGCGAGGUCUGGAGACAUUUAGCCAGCUUAUUUGGAGAUCUCCUGAGGGCACGUUCUAUGUCAACAAGACGGAUAUUGAGGACUUCCCUCGCUUCCCUCACCGGGGCUUGUUGCUGGAUACGUCUCGCCAUUACCUGCCACUGGCUAGCAUCCUGGACACUCUGGAUGUCAUGGCAUACAAUAAAUUCAACGUUUUCCACUGGCAUCUGGUUGAUGACUCUUCUUUCCCAUAUGAAAGCUUCACUUUUCCAGAUCUUACCAAAAAGGGGUCCUACAACCCUGCCACCCACAUCUAUACAGCACAAGAUGUGAAGGAGGUGAUUGAAUACGCACGGCUUCGGGGUAUCCGGGUGCUGGCAGAGUUUGACACUCCUGGCCACACUCUGUCCUGGGGGCCAGGUGUCCCUGGAUUAUUAACUCCUUGCUACUCUGGGUCUCAUCCCUCUGGCACCUUUGGGCCCGUGAAUCCGAUUCUCAACAAUACCUACGAGUUCAUGAGUACAUUCUUCUUGGAAAUCAGUACUGUCUUCCCAGAUUUUUAUCUGCACCUUGGAGGAGAUGAGGUUGAUUUCACCUGCUGGAAGUCCAACCCAGAUAUCCAGGCCUUUAUGAAGAAGAAAGGUUUUGGUGAUGACUUCAAGAAGUUGGAGUCCUUCUACAUCCAGACGCUACUGGACAUUGUCUCUGCCUAUGGCAAGGGCUACGUGGUGUGGCAGGAGGUGUUUGAUAAUAAAGUAAAGGUUCGGCCAGACACAAUCAUCCAGGUAUGGCGAGAAGAGAUACCAGUAAAAUACGUGAAGGAGAUGGCUCUGGUCACCCGUGCUGGCUUUCGGGCCCUGCUCUCUGCCCCCUGGUACCUGAACCACAUAACUUAUGGCCCUGACUGGAAGGAGAUCUACCUGGUGGAGCCCCUGGCAUUUGAAGGUAGCCCUGAGCAGAAGGCCCUGGUGAUUGGCGGAGAGGCCUGUAUGUGGGGAGAGUAUGUGGACAGCACAAACCUGGUCCCCAGGCUCUGGCCUAGAGCAGGGGCUGUUGCUGAGAGGCUGUGGAGCAACAAGAUGGUGUCCAACCUGGACUUUGCCUUCAAACGUCUGUCACACUUCCGCUGUGAGCUGCUGAGGCGUGGUGUCCAGGCCCAGCCCCUCAGCGUAGGCUACUGUGACAUGGAGUUUGAACAAACCUGAGCAAGUAGCCCCCUGCACCAAGGAGGGUACUGGCCCUAGGAGAGCAGAAGCGGGGCCAGGCUUCCACUGCACCCCGCCCGGGGGAUGGAGCCCCUUGCCCGCGUGCCCUGUGGCUAGAGACAAGGGGGCUGGUGCUGGCGCUGGUGUCCAAUAAAGAGUGAUGUGGCAUUUUUCUAUAACAAA